ACUAUUUUGCACAAAUUCCCAAACCCCUUUUCUCACUGUCCUUUUCCUCAAAAUAUAAUUUACUGUGCUGAUGAGGUUGGCUAAAUCGAAGAGUGAUUGUUUUCACGUUUCUCACUGCACUCCCACAUGCUAUUUAUUGCCUGCUGAGUGUGUAGUUGGGGGUUAAAUGAACCUCCAUUAAAGGCCGCUUCCUUCCCCCAUCAGAACCCCUCGAUUAUCUCGUCUGUUGGGGGGGUUUCUGAGUCUGCUCGUACCCGCCGCUUCGAAUUGGGCCCUCCAUUGCUCCAAUUUUAAUCAAUCUGGGUUCAAUUUCAAUUUCGAUUGCUGUUUGUUCGCUGCUGGUGACGCUGAUCGGUGAUUUCACGGUGUGGCGGUGUUUGAUUCUGCGACUCGAGCUCGAUCGUGAUUAAGUUAAUCGUUCUGGACUUGAGCUCACGCCACGUCAACAGUUAGCGCAGGCGGAUAUUUUUGUUCUUUCUAAUUAUCGAAAAGUGACAAAGACCGUAUCUACUCAUGAAGCGAAAGUCAAUAUACCAAACUACUCAUUUGUUCAAUGAACAUCCUUUCGAGGCCUUCUGGUGCGGAUCAUGGCACCCGGUCGAGCGCUUGAGAAUCAUUGGCGGGGUUAUCUCGACAAGACUAGUCGAUAAUGGAGUGACCACUGAGGAGGAGAUUUCUAUGUCACAUCUUCGUGUUAAGUCGAGACGAGCAACAUGGUUUGAUUGCUCAUCCUUUUUAAGGCCGGGAAUUGAUAUAUGUGUGCUUGCGACGUCUCCAAACUCCAACAACUCAAACGCCGAACCCGUCUGGAUCGAUGCGCGACUAAGGUCUAUUGAGAGAAAACCUCACGACGGUUUGUGCGACUGCCAGUUUCAUGUCAGCUUCUACAUAGACCAAAACCCGGAUCUUCAUAUGGAAAACAAACGGCUCAGCAAAGAGACGAGGAUUAUUAAAGUCGAUCAAAUUUAUAUUCUCCAGAGGCUUGAGAUGAAGCCGUGCCAAGAUCAGUUCUACCGUUGGGGCUUUACCGAGAACUGUUUUUCGCUGAAGAAGUUCAAAUUCUUCACCGGGAUCUUCUGCUCGGAUAUUACAUGGCUUAUCGUGGCAUCAGUUCAGAAGAAGACUGCGUUCGAUGUGAGGUCGUUGCAAAACCGUCUUGUCUACGAGGUUUCGGAAUACAACCCUGACGUAGUCCGAGAAAGUCCUCAGAAUCCUGCUCACACACUGAGUUUCAAAGUCGAGAACGACGACAUUUUAACGCCGGUCCUCUUACCAUACACUCCCCCUACCCCUCAAGAAGGAUCCGAGGGACUUGAAGUUGGUUUUCUGCGUUCGGAUGAUCUCAUUGAGCUGCGAAGGUCCAAGCGUCGAAAUGUGCAGCCCGAUCGUUAUAUGGGCUAUGAUAAUCCUCCAGAUUAUGAGGUUGAGGUGUCGCGACUAGGCGAAAGUAAGACGUAUAAAUUAGAGUACGGUGAAAUGUCAUCCGAGAGUGAAGAGUACGAUUCAUUCGAUGAUAUAGCCAUGCCGUUGUCCGUUCAGGCCGAUAAUGAAUUCCAGAAGCGCGGUGGUUUGGAGAGGUGGAUGAAGUCUCACGAGCGGAAUAAGGACUCGUCCGCUCGUAAGAAUAAGAGUAAAGGCAACAAAAAUUUGGGUGGAAAUAAACGAGGAAGGAAAAAAUCAGUUGUGUCCGAGGAGCUUGCUGUAGUUCCUUCGGCUGCGCAUUAUUCGAAUCUCCGUUACAAAUUUGCGGAAGAUGGUACGUUUGACUUGGGAGCGACAAUGUCCAAAUAUGCUUACAUGAAUCGAUCCCCAUCCUCGGGCCAGAAGGAUAUGUUCGAUUUUGACUUUAUGGAGUUCGGAGGCGAGAGUCGAGGGAGCAAGAAGGGUAUGCGAAGGAAGUACCGUAGGAAUCAUAGCGAUUCUGCGAGCUUUAAGAAGGACUCGGUCUACGUACGAGAGAGCAUUUAUGAUGUUAGAAGUUUCAGGAAGGGCUCUUCGACUGCACAGCUAUGCCGCGACUUGAUCAAGCGAUGCAUGAACAACAUUGACGCCACUCUUAAAAAUGAGCCGGUCGGGCCGCCUGUGCUCGAUCAGUGGAAAGAGAUUCAGUCGUCGGCGCAGACGAAUAAACGAGUGGAAGAGGAGAAACCCCCCGUGGAAAAAGAAGAAGUUUCGGAGAUGGAGAUUUUGUUUAAGGAAAUGGAUCUCGCUCUUGCGUCGUUUUAUCUUUUCGAUGAUAAUGAGGAUUCUCACAAUGAACGACGAAUGGCGGAUAAGCCCGAGGACAAAUGCAAACACGAUCUCAGGCUCGAUGAACAAAUCGGAACUGUUUGCCAGCUGUGUGGAUUUGUGGACACUGAUAUAAGACACAUCCUCCCGCCGUUUGCGCCGUCGGUGUACUCUGCGCACAAGGAGCGUAGAACAGAGGAUGAAACACAGGAUCAAAAGACUGAAAACAAAGAGAUGGAUCAAUUCUCCAUUCCCGCUCCCUCGACUACGCCGUCGAACAUUGCCGCAGACGACAACAAUGUGUGGGCUUUGAUACCCGACCUCAAAGAUCAACUGCGCUCACACCAGAAGAAGGCCUUCGAGUUUCUCUGGAGGAACAUCGCGGGGUCGUUGAUGCCGUCGCAAAUGGAGAAACGGAAAGACAAACGAGGCGGCUGCGUCAUUUCCCACACUCCCGGCGCCGGCAAGACUCUGCUCAUCAUCGCCUUUCUAGUCAGCUACCUAAAGCUGUUUCCCGGGUCAAGACCGCUCGUCCUCGCACCGAAAACGACACUGUACACGUGGUACAAGGAAAUACUCAAGUGGAAAGUGCCGGUGCCGGUUUAUCAAAUCCACGGCGGUCAGACGUACAAAGGCGAAGUCUUGAAGCAGAGGAUGAAGCUCGCUCCGGGAUUGCCGCGCAACCAGGACGUGAUGCACGUUCUCGACUGCCUCGAAAAGAUGCAGCGCUGGCUGUCGCAGCCGAGCAUCCUGCUCAUGGGCUACACCUCGUUCCUGACCUUAACGCGCGAGGAUUCCCAUUACGCGCACAGGAAGUACAUGGCGCAGUUGCUGAAGCGAUGCCCCGGAAUUCUGAUACUCGACGAGGGGCACAACCCGAGGAGCACGAAAUCGCGGCUGCGGAAAGGUCUGAUGAAGGUCGACACAAGGCUCCGGAUUCUGCUCUCGGGUACGCUGUUUCAGAAUAAUUUCGGCGAAUAUUUCAACACGCUCUGCCUGGCGCGGCCGAGCUUCGUGCACGAGGUUUUGAAGGAGUUGGACCCAAAGUACGAGAGCCGAAACAAAGAGCGACGAACGCAGUUCUCACUCGAGAAUCGGGGCCGGAAGCUUUUGAUUGAUAUGGUUUCGAAGAAGAUUGACUCGCGAAAGGGAGGGGAAAGGGAAGAAGCUCUGAAGACGCUUAAGAAACUGACGGGGAAGUUCAUCGACGUUUAUGAAGGAGGUAGCUCGGACAAUCUCCCGGGCUUACAAUGCUACACGUUGAUGAUGAAGUCGACGAGUUUUCAGCAAGAGAUUCUGGUGAAACUUCAGAACCAGCGCCCGGCGUACCGCGGAUUCCCAUUGGAAUUGGAGUUACUGAUUACGCUCGGCGCGAUCCACCCCUGGUUGAUUCGGACGACCCUGUCGUCGAAAAAUUACUUCAACGCCGAGGAACUGGACUAUCUCGAGCAAUUCAAGUACGACAUUAAGUCCGGCUCGAAGAUCAGAUUCGUAAUGAACCUAAUCCCGAGGUGCCUACUGCGCGACGAAAAGGUUCUGAUCUUCUGCCACAACAUCGCCCCGAUAAAUCUGUUCCUCCAGAUAUUCGAGAAGUUCUUCGGCUGGCGCAAGGGCCGCGAAGUGCUCGUGCUUCAGGGUGACAUCGAGCUUUUCGAACGAGGGCGCGUGAUGGACAAGUUCGAGGAGCCCAUGGGCCCGUCGAAGAUAAUGUUGGCAUCGAUCACGGCGUGCGCGGAGGGCAUUAGUCUGACGGCGGCUUCGCGGGUGAUCCUACUCGAUUCGGAGUGGAAUCCUUCAAAGAGCAAGCAGGCGAUCGCGCGUGCGUUUCGGCCGGGGCAGAACAAAGUUGUGUACGUGUACCAGCUGCUGGCGACGGGGACUUUGGAGGAGGAGAAGCACAGCAGGACGACGUGGAAGGAGUGGGUUUCGGACAUGAUAUUUAGCGACGAGCAUGUGGAGGAUCCGUCGCACUGGCAGGCGCCGAAGAUCGAGGACGAGCUGCUGAGGGAGAUCGUUGAGGAGGAUCGGGCUGCGCUGUUUCAUAAGAUCAUGAAGAAUGAGAAGGCUUCGAGUUUGAUCCGAGGUGGGAAGGAUAAGAACAUCAUCAAUUAAGGUAUGUUUUCUUUGCUUUGGCUUUUGGAAACUUUUUAAGUACUUGGGAAACGAUCUGUUUGUUUGUUUGUUUGAGCUUCGACUUAUGUUUCGAUACAUUUUGGUUUGGAUGAUGAUUGGUGUUUGUUUGUGCUUUGAGACUUA